GGUGCUGAGGCUGCAGGCCAGGUUGUCACACCCCCUCCGGGCUGGCCCUACCCUCAGGCAUAGGCCCCACUUUCCCCACAGCCACCCUCCACACGCACACAUAGUGAGCUCUGGGGGCUCCCUGUCCCCCUCCUACCUGUCCAGGCUCCUUAUACCUCCAUCCUGUGUGCCUGCUAAGGCUGGACCCUUUCUCCUGCCCUGGCUGUCUUCCUCUGCCAUCCAGCUUCUUUCAGAUAAGACGUUGGUAAAGGACUUAGCACACAAUAGGGGCUUAAUCAAUGCUUCUCAGCUUCUAAAAGUCUUUGUGUCAAAAGCUGGAAGUCCCACAGAGUCGGAGUCCCCUUGUGGGGGACAUUGGAGGUGGGGCACUUUGGGUGUUGCAGAAGCAGCAUUUUUAAAGUCCCUUAAAGGGAACCUAAAACACAUAAACAGAUGGAGCAGUUUCCUACAAGUUGAGAGUCAGUCAAAAAGUAUUUAUUUAGUGAGCACCUACUAUGUGCCAGACUGGGCAACCAACAAGUCAGCUGGAAAGCAGGGCAUUGCUGAAGAAAGAUCGUCUCAGACAGAAAUAAUGGAAAGACUCCCAAGGGAUGUUUCCUUGGAUUCCAAAGUAGGAGAAACCAAGAGGGAAAAGAGAGGAAAACAAGAGAGCCAUUUAAGCUCCCCUGAAGCCACAGCUGAGAACAGUGGCCGCAGACACCAUGACAGCAAGAACUCCUUAAGUACAAAGACGGUCUUGGUUCCAAGAGUCAGAAGACCUAUGGAGCGGAGGCCCCCGAAGCUUGAUCCACGUGGGAAGAGUUUAAAACAGAAUUCCAACCCAAUCAAAGCAGAGAGAAUUUGUGAAGAGAACAAGCCUUGGAAAUGUCAUGAAUGUGGGAAAGCCUUCAGCUACUGCUCAGCCUUCAUUCUGCACCAGAGGGUUCAUACUGGGGAGAAGCCUUAUGCAUGUAAAGAAUGUGGCAAGGCCUUUAGCCAGAGCGUACACCUCACGCUGCACGAGAGAAUUCACACUGGGGAGAAGCCCUACGAAUGUAAUAAGUGUGGGAAAGCCUUCAGCCAGGGCUCCUAUCUUAUUUCACAUUGGAAAACACACACUGGAGAGAAACCCUAUAAAUGUAAUGAAUGUGGGAAAGCCUUCACGAGAAUUUCACACCUUACACAGCAUCAAAGGACCCACACUGGGGAGAAGCCGUACAAAUGCAAUGAAUGUGGGAAAUCCUUUAGGAAUCGUUCAUCCCUAAUAGAACAUCAGAGAAUUCACACUGGAGAGAAACCCUAUGAGUGUACUGAAUGUGAGAAGUCAUUUCGUUUUUCUUCAGCACUAAUUAGACACCAGCGAAUUCAUACAGAAGAGAAACCCUACAAAUGUAGUGAAUGUGGGAAAGCCUUUACCCAGAUUUCACACCUUACUCAACACCAAAGAAUUCAUACAGGAGAGAAACCCUAUAAAUGUAAUGAGUGUGGCACAACCUUCAGUCAAAGUUCAUCCCUUAUUGAACAUCAGAGAAUUCAUACAGGAGAGAAACCCUAUAAAUGCAAUGAGUGUGGAAAAGCUUUCACUCAGAUUUCACACCUUAUUCAGCACCAAAGGAUUCAUACUGGGGAGAAACCUUACAAAUGUGAUGAAUGUGGGAAAGCCUUCAGUAAUCGUUCACACCUUAUUCAACAUCAUUUAAUUCAUACUGGAGAAAAACCUUAUAAAUGUGUUGAGUGUGGGACAACUUUCAGUCAUGGCUCAUCUCUUAUUGAACAUCAGAAAAUUCAUACUGGAGAAAAACCCUAUAAAUGUAAUGAGUGUGGGAAAGCCUUCAGCCAGGGCUCAUCCCUGACUCUACAUCAGAGAACUCACACUGGGGAGAAACCAUAUAAAUGUAGUGAGUGUGGGAAGUCAUUUAGCAACCGUUCAUAUCUUAUUCAACAUCAUAUAAUUCAUACCGGAGAAAAACCCUAUGAAUGUAAUGAGUGUGGGAAGGCCUUCAGUUUCUCCUCAGCACUUAUUCGACACCAGAGAACACACACUGAAGAGAAACUCUAUAAAUGUAGUGAAUGUGGGAAAGCCUACAGUCAGAUUUUACAUCUUACUCAACAUCAGAGUGUUCACAGUGAGGAAAAAUCACGUUCCCUUAAUGACUGUGGCAGAAGCUUCAGCCACAGUUUAAUACCUGUUGAACCUCAGUCAGUUCUAAGUGGAGAGAAAAUAUCAAUGUGAUUCAUUCAUCUAGCAGACAUUUAUUAAGUGCCAGACACCUUGGUAGGCACUAAAUAAGGUUAAGAAAAAACUGCUUUGUCUCUGUUGAGUGCAUAUUUGUCUGACUCGCCUUGACUUAGGGCAGUAUUGAAUUUACUCUGGGACAUGACACAAAGUAAAUGAGCUCACGAGUGCAGACCCACUGGAGGUGGUGUUGGUCCACAGGCAUCUUAGAAACUCUUCUGGGAGGAGAUAGCUACAGAUAAUCGAUCAAAUUCUAUAAUUGGUAGAAUUACAUUUCCUUAGAAGGCUUCAAGAGAAAACAGGAAAGGCAAAGAAACCUGAGCUGAACUGGGCUGAUUGGAAAGUUCCAGUGUGGACUGAGGAAGGGGCCCUGGAGGGUGCUGAGUUGGGCCCUCUGGUGGUCCAAUUUAUUUAAGGGGGACUUUUUUUUCCACAUGAACAACUACAUUUCUUUAUUAAAACACUGGUAAGACAUGGAAGGUAGAGUAAUCAAAUUUACAGUUGACACAAAGGGGGAAGGAGAGCUAAUCCUGUAGGUCUCAAAAUCAAGCAUCGGAUGAUGGUUUGGUGCAUUGGAAAGUGUUGGGUUUGGGCUAAAAUCUUAGCUGGGCCAUUAGAUGUGUGGCCACUUUGAGCCUCAGUGUCUUCCUCUGUAAAAUGGCGAUAACACCUGCCCCGCCUACCUCACAGGGCUGUGUUGAGGAAAUGUUCUACAAACGGUAAAAUGCAAGAUAACUAGAAACAUAAGGAUGAGUGUCCUUAUGUUGAGAGCCUGAAAGGUUCCACCAAAACAAGGGGGGAGGGGGGUCCCCUGUACAUGCCAGGUUCAGAAUGGGGCAGCCACAGGCGGGCAGAGCAGCUUCAAAAUAGAGGUGGAGGCCCCAGUGAUGAAGCUGGGAGGGACAGCUAGAGCUCCCCUCAGCCCUCAGGUCCUGGCUGAGCCCUGCCCUGGGAGGAAUGAUUCCAGGAGCCAGGCAUAUCAUUUGGCCUGAAGAAAAGAGGGAGGGACAUCCAAUCCCUGAAGGACUGUGGUCCUCGGCUGUCAGCCCAGGGGCCCAGGGCUAAUCCACAGGCCCUGCCUUCCCAGGCUUUUCUGUCUCUGGAGGGUUGCUGGAGAAAACAGGAAAGAUAAAGUAGUCUGGACCCAAAGCCUUCAUUUUUAAUCUUUGUCAGGUCUUCCCCAAAACCUUGUUAACAGAUCAGAGUUCUUGGCUCUCAAAUCCACGUCAACGUCAAGGCCGUGUGAUGUUGGUGCCCUGGUUCUGCUCGCCCUCUGCAGCUCCCUGGUGUCCUCUCUGCCACUUGCCGAGUGCCCCAGGAAGAGUGUUAAAGACAGCAAAGGUGCUUGUUCUUCCUCAGGCCAGAAAGGGCUAUGUGGGGAGGAUGGGUGCUGCCAGCCAUAUUUAGGGAGGAGGCCUGGUGGGGGGGAAGACUUGACCUUAGAGUCUGGCCACCUCAGUGGGUUCACCUCACCCAACGAGCCAGGAUCUCAGUUGAGUCAGCCCCUCAAUUUCAGACCACUUAACAUUGUUGAUGAAAUACAAAAGGCUUAGACCACAGUGAAAUCUCAGGGUUUGCUUCUGUGAUCUUCUGAGCUUCACACAAGAAACCCUAUAAAUACAGUAGACCAGCCCUUCGGGGUAGUGGGGCGAGGCAGGGAAGGGAGAAGGAAUUAUCCCAACUUGGGGUGUAUUGCUUCUUGGUGUCCCUCCUUGUGAGAGAUGCCUUGCCCCUCAAAUCAGGCCAAGGGAAUGCUGCUCUGAUUCCUGGGACUGUUCUCUCGAGGAGCUGGGACCACGGAGAGAGACUCUCCCUACCACGGGCUGGCAAAGGGGGCUUUCUGGCUGUGGCCCUUGUGCUGGACUGAAGCCUCUGGGCCCCACUUCAGCAGUUCCAAGGUUCUCCCUGCUCGAACCCUGCCUCCCAUGACAGGCAGCAAGUACCCCACCCACUAGUGUCUUUAAAAUUCUCCCAAGUUCAGGAAGGUCAUAGCUGGAAAGGACAAGUCCAAGCUUAGGAUUCUUCAGAUGAAGAAACAGGCCCAGAUUGGGGGAGGAGCUUAAGUAAGAUGGGAGGAUGCAGGACUUGAGGCCAGGUCCUCUAAGUCCAGGGCUGACCCAUGACCAUGUGCCCUCUGAUCACAGGUAUGUACACACAAAUACGCAAACACACACUCCUAGCCAGGGAGCCCCACUGAGGUCAUUUCUGUGCAAAUGGCAAGCCCAGAGAGAUGAGGGGAAGAAAAGGCCUUGGCCAAGGCCUUCUCAGUGUGCAUUGGAAAGUGCUGGGUUUGGGCUCAGGAGUGGAGAUUGUCCUGGUACAUCGUACAGGGCGGGACUGUCUGGCUUGGGAGUAGGGCGGUGGUAUGUUUGCCUUCACUGCUCGCUUGGGAGUUUCCCCAUUUCUCCCUCCUUGGUGCUGGGCUGGGCCUUGGCUGUACAACUGCAGGUGGGGUAGAAAGAGCCCUGUCCUUCACUUAGCAGGCUAAGCUUGGGAUCUGGAUGAGCAUGACUUCCCUUGGACUUUAAGUGGGAGCUACUUGAGGUCAGGCCUUCCUUUGUGUCCCCAGUGCUUAGCACAGUGCUCAUCAUAUAGUAGUCACUUUAUGCCUGCUUGUUAAUUGGUAGCAAUUAAGACCCUUUAUAAUGAUCUUGCCCCGUGUAUUUGUCUGCAGACCCAUUUCUUGAAUACAGAACACCAAACAAAAGCCCCAGAGGCAAAUGUUAACAGAGGUUCCUGCCCCUGUGUCUUGUGGUAGAGACUGGAGAUGGGCCCUGGAGAGGGAAGAGUUAAAUCAGUAAUUCAGGCCUGAGUCUCUGGGUACCAAGUCAGCUGUGGAAUCAGACUUUCCCCACCCUUUCUUGCCCAUCUUUUUAAGGAAGGGGAAACUGAGGAAGCUCAGCUUGCUGAAGGUUGCUGAGUGAAAAAUGGGCAGAGCCAGAAUUUGAACCCUGAAGGACUGUCCAGUGGGUGAAAUCAUGCUGCAGAGGCUUUGAACAACAGGGUCUGAGACCCGUGGGGAAAAGCCCUGGCUCUAGUCAUUGUGUAGGUGAAGGCCUGUCGGGGUGGAAUAGUGCCUGGUUUUGCUGAAUUGCCUCUGUCCUCUGCUUUUAUUCUUUGUUACAAGGAAGGGUUGACCCACUGGGUAGCAUGGGGGAAGCAAUAGAAUCAGAAAUCACAAUCACAGUAUGGGAAGGCUGGAAGGCCCAGUAGCCAUCCAAUCCAACCAGGCACAGAAAGUGACCAAUCAAACCUUUGUGAGAAGAAAUCAGCCUCAGCUUGGUGUCAGCUCACCACCUGCCCAAGUAGCCCAACUCACUUAGGGACAGUUCUCACAGAGUGUUUUCUCAUCUUUUCCCCUAAGCCCACACCUUUCCCUGUCACUGUGGAAGGCAACACUAUCCUCCUAGUCCUUCAGGCUCCCAACCUAGAAAUUAUCUUGGGCUCCUCUCUCUUUCUCGCUCUACAUAUCCAAUAUGGUGCCAAGGCCUGUUUUCACCUCUGCAGCAUCUCUGGUCCAUUUCACCUCUGCUGUACCUCUGGUCCGUUUCAACUCUGCAGCAUCUCUGGUCCAUUUCACCUCUGCAGCGUCUCUUUUCUGUUUCAUUUCUGCUGCAUCUCUGGUCCAUUUCACCUCUGCAGCAUCUCUGGUCCGUUUCAACUCUGCAGCAUCUCUGGUCUGUUUCACCUCUGUAACACCUCUGGUCUGUUUCACCUCUGUAGCACCUCUGGUCCGUUUCACCUCUGUAGCACCUCUGGUCUGUUUCACCUCUGCAGCAUCUCUUGAAUAAGCUCCCUUCUCAGUGAUGCUGCUCCAACCCUGGUACAGACUCUCAUCAGCUCACACCUGGACUGUUGCAAUAGCUGUUGUGGGGAGGGGGUCUACUUGCCUCAGGUCUCUCCUCACUAUAGUACAUCCAUCACAGGACCCUGGAAGGCAGGGGCCCUAACAGUAGGUUUUUCUUCAUCUUAUGGUAGUCAAACUUCCAGCUUUUCCCCUUCUUCCUUUCUACUUGAAAUUUAGCCCCUGCCUCCUAGAUCUCACCUGGCUUCUUUGGAAGCAGGAGACACUGCCUCAGAGGGGAGGAGGAGAACUCCUUGUUCCUCCCAGUAACUUCCAGAUUCUCCUUUAGUAUUCAUUCAAUCCAUCUUCAGAUCAUUCAGUUCCCAAGUUCAGAGCCUUUGUCCAAUCAUCCACCUGAAGUCUGGGUCCUUCCUUCUCAGAGACUGGCCCACAGCCUUCCUCUCUGCCCCAACCCUUUCCUCCUACUCGGAGAAAUCAAGACAUGCAUUCAUCUCUUCUCAAACACCAACCGUUUGAGAGCCUCUUCCACUCUCAUGAUCAGCUUCUUCCUUCAUCUUCAAUCUCCUCAUCCCAGGAAGUACUCCUUUCCUUUAUGUGAUUAUAGCUUCCGAUCCUCCCAUCUCUGGCCCUGCCUCACUCCUUCUCACCCCCAUGUUGUCCUUACCUUCCUCCCUUCACAGUCCAAACCAACCACAUAUUACCUGUGUUUAUUGCCCAUGCCUCACUAGACCCCAGCCAUGGGCCACCCCCACCGUCAGCCUUCUCCACACCUACUGCAUGCUGCUGGACCCUGAUGGAGAGUGGCCCACUGCAGAGUUACAUUAGCUAAUCUCAACUAGUCAGAAGUCCUUCUCAUCUUGCCUUUCUGCCACAGUUCCUGGAGUGGCUAUUUCAAAUGUUCCCUCUCUCAGGGCACCUCCACCAUUCCCUGCUCCUCUCCCAAGAGAAUCUUAACUGCUACUUUGCUAAGGGAAGAGAGGCCAUCCACCACGAGCUCCCUGUUCUCCUCUCACUGAGGGGUGCCUAAAACCCCUCCAUACUCCCCUCUUCUCUGUCCAGUCCCUGAUGAGGAGAUGGCCUCUCUUCUUGCCAAGUACAACCCCUCUGCAGGUACUCAGUCUUCUCCCUUUUGUCUCCUCUGGGGGCUUGCUCCCUCCAUCAUUCCCCCCUUUCUCUCUUAUCCUUUGUUGCUUUCUGAGCCGCCCCCAAGUACGCCCAGGCCUUCCCCACCCUCAGUGUGGCCCUACCAGCUCCUCUAACCUAAUUCGCCCUCUCCCUUUCCCAGUAGAAAGAGCCAUUGAUGCCUAUUGUCUCAUGUUUCCCUCCUCAUUCCCUUUUUCUCCUUUUGAAUUCACCUUCCAAUUCUUCCAACUUGACUGAAACUGCUCUCUCAUGUCACCAGUGAUUUCUUUAUUGCUGAUCCAAGGGUCUUUUCCUGCUUCUCAUUCUGCUUAAACUCUCUCAUUAAAAAAAAAAAAAGCCACCCAUCGAUUAGUAGUUAACCAGCGCUUCGCACACACCUGGCACAUAGCAGGUGCUGAAUAAUGUUUGCUGACAGACUGAUUUUCCCCUCCCUCCAAUACUUCCUUUCUAGGACAUACCUCUUUCCCGGCUCUCCCCUGUGACCACUCCUCAGUAUACUUUCAGAAACCAUUUUUCAUGUCUGGGUCUCCCAAGGCCCUCUCUUGGGCCUUCUUUCUAUACAUCCUCUGACUUGGUGCCUUUAUGAGCCCACGUUUAGUGAUCAUUUCUGUACAGAUGACUCCCAGGUCUGUGUGUCUUUCUUGAGGUCCAGGCAUGCAACGCCAACAGCCUGCUAGACAUCUUCAGCUGAGUGUCCCAAGUGAAAUUUUAAAUUCCUCCAGUCCAGAAUAGGGCUUGUUGUCUACCCACCCCUCCUCCCAACUUCCCCAUUUCUUUGGGAGCACCACUACCUUUUGGUUACCCAGUGCCAUAAUCCCUGAGUGAUAGGUGAUGGGUGGAGCUGGGGCUUACCACCUUUCAACACCAUUGGAAGGGGGAUGAAAGGAGAAAGAGAUGAGAUUAUCCACAAAUAUUAAAUCAUUAUCUAGAUAUGUUUUGCAAUGUGCUGUCCAGGUAUAAAGGGGUAGUUUGGCACUCAAAUCCAUGUACCUUUUAGCCAUGUAGGAUCAACACAUCAAUACUUAGAUAAAUCCUCAUUUACUCUGGGUCACUUUUCUACCUCAAAGGCCAUGGGGUGCAGGUGGGGGGAGGAAUGUGUGUAUAUUUGGGGGGGGAUAGAGGCAGGAAUAUGCUAACACAAGUCACAGAAAGAUUGCUGAGGUUUUGUUUUGGCUAGGCAAUGGGGUUAAGUGAGUUGCCCAGGGUCACACAGCUAGUAAGUGUUAUGUGUCUGAGGU